UUUCACUUGAUACUAAUGAUGUAUUUAAAGUGGCUAAAGGUGCUCCUCAAGUCAUUAUUAAAUUAGUUGGUGGAAAUGAUGAUGCCGUUCGUGCUGUUAAUGCUUUGGCCAUUCGUGGUCUUCGUGCUCUUGGUGUUGCCCGUACUAUUAGUGGUACUGAUAAUUAUGAAUUGAUUGGUAUGAUUUCUCUUCUCGAUCCUCCUCGUCCUGACUCUGCUGAAACGAUCAAACGUUGUAAUGGUUAUGGUGUUGAUGUCAAAAUGGUUACUGGUGAUCAAUUGAUCAUUGCAAAAGAAGUUGCUCAUAGACUUGGAAUGAAUCGUGUAAUUCUUGACGCUAAUCAUUUGGUUGAUCCUUCUAAGAGUGAUGAAGAAGUUACUCAACAUUGUGAACGUGCUGAUGGUUUUGCUCAAGUUAUUCCUGAACAUAAAUAUC